AUGAAUUAUAUGAUUCUAUAAGAUUAACAGAUAUUGUCAAAUCUAAUGAAUCAAUAUAACACUCAUCUAAAAAAUAUAAUAAAGUAAUUCUAUUUUAACAAUUUUCAAAUUAAAGAUUAUCAAAAUACAUCUUUAGAAACUAAAGAUUCAUUUAUUUUAAAUAAAAACAUCCUUCCUAUUUCUUUAAAAUAAUAUGUAAAAGUUUCAAAAUAAGGCUAAAGAAUACUUCUAAAAUCAAAAUUGAAAAUUUUAUUAAUUUUUUAUAUUAAUUUUCAUUAGAAAAUGUUGAAUAUUUACAUAUUAUAAAGUAUUAUUUAAGAAGAGGAAUAUAUUUUCAAAUUUAAUAAUUUAAAGAAAUGA